GUUUUAUGAGUCACACCGUCACAUUCAGCUUCCUUGUACAAUACAUGUUAUUGCUAAAUUUAUAUUUGAAUAUAAAUACGCAAUAAAUUAGUUGAGUUUAAAACUUUCACUUUUACGAGUAUAGUAAUCUCCGACUUCCUAAAAAGAAAGAAAAAUUAAGCAAAAUAUAUCCGUAAAAUACAGUAGUAAAAAAACGUACUUUGCCUUUGAAAAGUCAAAAAGGGAUUAAUAAAUUUCAUAAAAUACAAAUAAGGCAGAACAAUGAAAAUUUUCCAUUUUAUAGCAAUUAUUAUUUCGUUGUUUAAUUGCUACGAGCAAAACUCAUUAAUUGUUAAUACAACAUCUGGAAUAUUUAAGGGAAAGACCAUGAAUAUUCAAAAUGUAAACGUACGUGAAUAUUUAGGAAUUCCUUAUGCAUUACCUCCAGUCAAGGAAUUAAGAUUUAAGAAUCCUCGACCUGCACCAUAUUGUUGUCAUAUUCGAGAAGCUAUUCAUAAACCGCCCUCUUGUUUGCAAAUCCUCACCGAUUUUACUGUGAAAUCAACAGAAUUAUUGCCAAUGAGUGAAGAUUGUCUUUAUCUUAACGUUUGGGUUCCAGAACGUGAAAGGCAACAACAACCUUUAUCAACCAUGGUCUGGAUUUAUCCCGGAUCAUUCGUCAUUGGAUCGGCAAGUGAUGAAUUGUCUGAUGGCGAAGUAAUUGCAGCUGUUGGAAAUGUAAUCGUAAUCAGUAUUGCCUAUCGAUUGGGUCCAUUUGGAUUUUUUCACUUUGAUGAAGAAGAAGCACCCGGAAACAUGGGCAUGAUGGAUCAAGUCUUAGCUGUGAAGUGGGUCCAUAACAACAUCAAAGAAUUCGGUGGUGAUCCAAAUAAAGUUAUACUGUUUGGACAAAGUUCGGGUGGCAUAUCUAUUGCUAACCAUUUAGUAUCUCCUUUAAUGGAAGGAUUAUAUCAACGUGUUAUAAUUCAAAGUUUGUCAAAGUUAAGUGAUAAUCAAAUAUUUACUUCAAUAAAUAUCUCUAACAAUAGAGACAUUAGUAAAAUUAUUGCUACAAAUGUAGGAUGUGCUAAUGAUAAUUCUAAGGAGGCAGUAGCUUGCAUGAGACAGUUGGAAUCGUCGGACAUUGUUUUGGCAAUGGAAGAUUACAUGAAUAGUAUUCCAAUAGGAAUAUCAUUAUUGCCCGAAAUUAACAGUCCAUAUUUACCCGAUAACAUAGUUAAAAUUCAUAAUGUAGAUAUCAUGAUUGGCAACGUCGUUGACGAAGAAUCAAUAUUUUUGGAAUUGUAUCAUCCUAAAUUUCUGGAAGAGGAGAAUCCAAAAUUGAAUAAAUUUGAAGCUGAACGAGACAUAAAGAUGUAUUUUAAUAAAACUGAUGAAAGAACAGAUUUUCGGGUUAUCUUCAAUGAAUAUCUCGGAAAUGUUUCUGAUACUGAUUACACCACUAUUGUUAACAGAACAUACAAAGCAAUGGGAGAUGGCCUUCGUCUUUGUCCUUCUUACUUCAUGGCAGAAACUCUUACGAAGAAUCGUAAUCUUUAUCAUUAUAUGUUUAAUCAUAAAAGAAGAAAGUGUGGAAGACCGAAAUGGACCGGUGUGGCUCAUAGUGAAGAAUUAUAUUUUCUGUUCGGAAUGCCUUUCAAGAAUCCCGAAUGCUACACCUUAGAAGAACAAGAUUUUUCUGUCAAAAUUAUACAAAUGUGGACUUCUUUUGCAAAAUACGGGAUACCUUUUUAUCCUGGCAUGGAUACACCAUUUUUACCGUUUGGUACGGAGAAGAACUCAAUCGAAAUUCGACUGGAAGACAUGCAAACACGCAAAGACCCGUUAAGGAAUAUUUGCAAAGUCUGGAGAAAUUUCUAUCGAUACCGACAAUUUUUUGUGGAAGGAAAAGAUCCUCAUUAAAUAGUAUUUAAACGAGGAUUUUUCCUAACGAAUACUGAAUAAAAUUAAGU